UAGGAGUACAGACCACAGGCACAGUACGUCAGUGCCACACCACUCGCUCUACACUUCACUCUCUUCUCCCUUCCCACUGCGGCGCUACAAGCUUCCUGCUCCCAUGGCCGCCACGCGCUUCCGCUUCCUCCUCCCUCUCCCCCUCCUGCUCCUCUCGGUGCUCUCCGCCUCAGCGCGCAACGAGGAGGAUGCACGCGCGCUCAUGGCGCUCAAGCGGGCACUUGACCCUGCCGGCCGGGUCCUGGGCUCCUGGGACCCCUCCGGCGACCCUUGCGGCGGCUCCUUCGUCGGCCUCACCUGCGACCCCACUGGCCGCGUCGCGUCCAUCUCGCUUCAGGGCCGGGGGCUCUCCGGCAGCUUGCCGCCGGCGGUUGCCGGGCUCCGGCGGCUCCAGGGUCUGUACCUCCACUACAACGGCAUCAAGGGGACCAUACCGCGGGAGAUUGGGAGUCUGUCCAAGCUCACGGACCUGUACCUGGAUGUAAACCAUCUCACCGGGCAGGUGCCCGCGGAGAUUGCCGCCAUGGCCAGCCUCCAAGUGUUGCAGCUGGGUUACAACCAGUUGACAGGCAGCAUACCACUUCAGCUAGGCAACCUGAAUAAACUCAGUGUUCUUUCAAUGCAGUCCAAUCAGCUGACUGGAGCUAUUCCGGCGACUCUUGGUGAGCUAACACAGCUGACACGGCUCGAUUUAAGCUUCAACAACCUAUUUGGUUCAAUCCCUUCAAAGAUUGCGGAGGUUCCGUUGCUUCAGGUCUUUGAUAUUCGCAAUAAUACCCUUUCUGGGAGUGUCCCCGUUGGAUUGAGGAGACUGAAUGGUGGUUUCCAGUAUGCAAACAACAAGGGGCUUUGUGGAGUUGGCUUCAGUUUGCUAGUUCUUUGCCCGUCUUCAGAGGAUGGCCUGAAACCCAACAAGCCUGAGCCUUUUGGCCCAGAUGGUAGUGUCAAGACACGGCAAGUGCCCCAAUCGGCGAAUCCCGACAACUGCUCAGAAUCUCACUGCUCAAAGUCUCCAAAUGCGUCUACAGGAGUUCUUGUUGUCGAUGUGGUUGCAGUGGUGAUUGGUGCUGCAUUUUGCGGGUUAUUUGCAUUCUCAUGGUACCGCCGGCAGAAGCAGAAGAUUGGAAGCUCGCUGGAGGUUUCUGAUAGCAGGCUUAGCACUGACCAUUACCAGCAGAAGGAAGUCUGCAGAAGGAGUGCUUCUCCUCUGAUUAGUGUUGAGUACUCAAACGGGUGGGACCCUUUGUCAGGUGGGGGUGUUGGAUCAUCUUGUGAAGUUGGUGAUAGCUUUAGGUUCAAUCUAGAGGAGGUCGAAUGUGCGACGCAAUACUUCUCUGACAUUAACUUGCUGGGCAAGAGCGGAUUCGCUGCGACAUACAAGGGAAUCCUGCGGGACGGGUCUGUUGUUGCUGUUAAGAGCCUCAACAAAACAAGUUGCAAGCAAGAGGAGUCAGAUUUCUUGCAUGGUCUGAAGAUGCUCUCCCUGCUUCGACAUGAGAACCUCGUUAGCCUGAGGGGUUUUUGCUGCUCCAGGGGGAGAGGGGAGUGUUUCCUUGUCUAUGACUUUAUGGUUAAUGGGUGCUUGUCGCAGUAUCUGGAUAUCACGGAUGGUUCCAGUGCUAGUGUGCUUGAUUGGCCUACAAGAGUUUCCAUCAUCAGAGGCAUUGCAAUAGGAAUUGAGUACCUCCAUAGCAAGAAGAGCAGUAAGCCACCAGUUGUCCACCAGAACAUAUCGGCCGAUAAGAUCCUUCUUGACCACCACUUUGCCCCGCGGUUGUCGGUCCCGGGACUGCACAAGCUCCUUGCUGAUGAUGUCGUCUUCUCUACCCUGAAGGCCAGCGCAGCAAUGGGAUAUCUCGCCCCCGAGUACUCCACUACUGGCCGAUUCACUGAUAAGAACGACGUCUUUGCAUUCGGGAUCGUGGUUCUCCAAGUCAUCACAGGCAGGACAGAUGUCUCACAGCUGAAGGUAGGCGCACUGAUCAGCGACGUCGAAGGCCUUAUCGACCGAAACCUCAACAAUGUGUUCUCGGGGACAGAAGCAGCAAAGCUUGCCGCAGUUGCUGCAUAUUGCACAAGGGAGGUGCCAAGCCAGCGGCCGACAAUGGAAGCUGUGGUUCAGCAGCUGAGCCACUGAGUUGCUACUGAGGGUGUGAACCCAGCUGGUCUGAAAUGUAUUUUGCGAGCCUGUAUGACAUUGAUGCCUUCUAUGAUGGUAGUGAGCUGAUGACAGGGUAGUGAUCCAGUUGCCACUAACAAUCUAACAUGCUAUUAAUCCCAGCAUUUCAUGACUUAGUAGGCCAUGCUAAAUUACUGAUGUGUAUUCGGAUCUGAAUGACAUGAAUUUAGCAAAUUCAGAGCAUUUGUAACGUGCAGUUCGGUCAGCUUUGUACUGGCUGUUCUUGCAUUGACGUGCUCGUAUUUUGUUUGUUUUCUCUUACAAAUUUCCGAGAAGGAUCUCAAAUUGAAUGUAUCAGAUCUUGAAUGGCAAGAUUGACGACUGGGUGGU